AUGGAAUUCUAUGAUCCAAUUGUGGCACAAGAAGAGCUUCCUAAGACAGAAGGAGUUAAUGAUAAUAAGACUGAAGAAGCAGUUCACAAGCUAGAAGAUGAAAUUGAUCAAGCAUACACGGCGGUCGAAACUAGGUUUGCUGGUUUGUGGUCAAGCGCAUCAAAGAAUGCUAACGAAUUGCAAGAGAAAUACAAGUUGGAAGAACACAAGAAUCAGUUGCUUGAGCAAUUGAGCUCUGCCAAGACUAAUAUUAAUAACAGAGCAAAGGUGACGGAAAACUUAGGACAAAUUGAAGAGCAAUUGAAGGCAUUAUCUGGUCAUAUUCCUGAAGUAGAUUUGAAAAACUUACAGCAACAUGCCUCUAGUACCCUUGACACUUUGGACUCUACUUUAGAACUGGUUGAAAAGCAAGCUGGUAAAUAUGUCACUCAGCUUACCUCCUUUUUUUCCGGGAUGGUUUCUGUGGACCCAGGCCAACAGCAGCAAGACGAAGCAUCUGAAACGUUGUUCAAGACACCUUUGAACACGAAAGAAAAUUAUGGAACUUCUCGUUAUGAUAGCGACUUAUACAACUUACAUACCACUGCAUCGAUAUACACAUCUGACGAGGCAGAUAGCGAAGAAGAACUCAAGAAAUUCAAUGCUGAUACAAAAACAAACGAAAUUUCUAAAUUACUCAAAGAAUACCCAAAUACCCUUACCAUAUUGAUGAACGAUUUGGUGCCUGUGAAAAUCUCCUACGAACUAUUCUGGUAUCGUUACUUCAAGGCCGAGGCAAAGCUUAAAGAAUCUGAAAAGAAGAGAAAAGAAUUAUUGAAAAAGAAGGAGACCAAGGACGUCAUCGAAAAUGAUGAUGAUGAAGAAGAAUUCACUUGGGACGAUGACGAAGAAGAAGACGUCGUUGAUGUAGCUAAAGAGGCACAAGGUGAGCAUGAUGCAAAACCUGCAAAGGAUGCUAACUCGACUCAAGCAUCAUCCGAGAAAAAGGCUAGUGAUGCAAAUAACGACGACGAUGACGACGACGAUUGGGAAUAG